GAGCGUGUCCCUGCCUGGCCAGCACCUCCCGGGGAUUUCAGACAGCAAAGGGACCACGGUGAGGAGGAAGGCACCUGGGAAUUCCUGCAGUCCUCUGGGCCGGUUCCCGGGCCAUGGCAGCCACCACGGUGACGGACGCGGGCAGCGUGAGGAUCAUCACGGAGGUGAUCUCGGCCACGGAUCCCCGGGCGGCCCAGCUGGCCUCAGGCUCCCAGGCACCUGCCAGGACCUCAUUCCAAACACAAGGCUUCCGCAGGGCUCAUCCCAAGGUGUUGGGGACCAUCCACAUCUUCACUGGAAUUGUCCACAUCUGCUCCGGGAUCAUCCUGACACUGUCGGAGCACAGGAACCCUUCCCUCCCUGUGGCCAGCGGGGUCUUCUUCUGGCUGGGGAUCCUGCUCCUGGUCUCGGGCUCGUUGCUGGUGGAAAGUGAAAGGAGAGACAGCCCUGUGCUGGUCAAGGCCUGCUGUGUGCUCAGCGUGGGCGUUGUCCUGGGCACGCUGGUGGCCAUCGGGAUCCACAGCACGGCCGUCACCCGGAUCACGCCCGGCUGCGAGAAACCCGAGCCCUUCCGGACCCGCCCGGAAUGGUGCCUCCACAUGGAGAGCAAGAAGCUGAGCAACGGCCUGGAUUCCAUCCUGGCGCUGCUCGGCCUCCUGGAAUUCUGCGUGGCCGUGGCGGUUCUGGCGUUCGGAUACGACACGGUCCGGCAGCACACGUACACCCAGCUGGUGAGGGAGGCGGCAAUCCUGCAAAUCCCGGGAAUGCUGAUCCACCCCUUCCUCCCGUGUCCCUCCCGGACAUUUCCCUGGAUUUCCCUGUGUUUGCUUCCCCAGGCGCUGUAGCCACGGCCCAGCCCCGCACGUGGAGCCCCCUGGGAUGCCCUCAGCGUGUUCAGUCCCCAAUAAAAGCCUCUCCCCCA